AUGUCAAAACAAAUACCAAUAGCCAAACGUUCACGUUUUGCAACGGAUCAUGAUGGUGAAAAAGAUGAAGAUCAACAAACGGCUUCGCAACAAGCAUUAAAUCAUAUCAAACAAGCUAAUGUCAACUUGCUAAAAUUGCAGAAACAAUAAGAGGAGGUAGUAGUCAUGUUAGAGCAUUAAAAAAAUUUUAGAUAUUUUAUCUACAAAUAAAAGAAUUGCUAGGAUUUUAAAUCGAUAUAAAGUAAGAAGAACUCUUCUUAAUGUAUUCUUUCUCUACAGAACCAUUUUAUUUUCUAGAUUCCAGUCGUUCUUGAAAAUGAUAAUGAAAAUGCAAUGUCAAGGGUACUGAUUCUACUGAUCCUGAACUAGUAAGUAGCCAAAUUUUAAAUCCAUCUAUUCGCAUAUAUUAUGAGUACUUCCUGAUUCUCGGUUUUUUAUUGAUUUGAUUUUCAUAUUACACAUAUACCCGAAGUGAUGGUGUUGUCAUUGAGUUAUUGAUAACAUAUGGACAAAAGAAAAUACAGUUAAAUGUGCUCUAAUUUAAUAGAUUUACUAAUUACUGAUAGACAAGAUUUACAAAAUGUUGAUUCUAAAAAGAUGAAUGAAGACCCAUGAAUGCAAGCUAUAUAUGGUAUGUAAUGAAUAACGUUUCUAAACAAUGUUUUAUCGAAUUUCAUGUUAUUUUGUUUGUUGUAGAUGUUAUUAGGCAACAAUUUAAUUAUUCCACGAAGGGCAUGACCAUAGUUUGUCGACCCAGUGGAAAAAAGUCAGCUUAUAUCUGAUUUUGUGAGAUUUUUAUCAGACUUUUCUUCAACAAAAUCCAAAUUAUAAUUGAUUAAACUUUUCCAAAUUACAAAUAAUCUGAUUUUUAAUCAAAAAUAAUUCUUCGAAAUCAAGGAUACUUUAAAUUUUAAUCAAGUUAUAUUGAAUUUUAAUCAAAAUUUUAUUGGAUUUCGAGGAUUAUUUCGGAUUGAAGAAGACCUUUCGAAAUCAAGUAAAAUUUUGAUUAAAAUCUAAAGUAUCCUUGAUUUCGAAGGAUUAGUUUUGCUUAAAAAUUGAGUUACUUGUAAUUUGGAAAGUUUCAUUCGAUUAUAACUUAGAUUUUGUUGUAGAAAAACCCAAUAAAAAUCUCAUAAAACCAGAUGUAAUCUGGCUCUUUACCACUGGGCAGCCUCACACGAUUUUAUUCUCAGUUAUCGUCGUAACCA